GCGGCUUCAGGUGACGAGAGAUGUUGCUCCUCCCAUUUAAUCGGUCCUUGUUUAGUCCAUUUUUGGUCGUAGGCGAAAAAUCGGGCUCAAAAUAGGUCCGGUUAUCGUUUGGGUUUUUUUUUGUUUUGUUUUUUUUUUACGUUAAAUCUCGUCGGCCUGUCGGGUUUGCUCCAUUUCCUUCCAAAUCCAGACGACGGAAUCACACGUGAACUUUGGGCAACUUUUUUUUUUUUUUUUCUUCUCUUUUUAAUGGAAAAAUACGACGAACGGCUUAACGGCAACCAGAUGUCGCCUGCGCCGUUUUGGGCCCUUUUUCCUGGCGUGAAAUACGAGUCGCGGUGUUUACACGGCGGGGGGAGGCGUGCGCGGGGCCCGCUUCCCCGCUAAGAGGGGACGGAAUGCAACGUAGGACGCGGACCUCGGAUGAGGAGGGGGCUAGGGGAUGGGGGUGGGGGUGGGGGCGCAACCAGAAGAAAGGGAGCCCCGACGUCGAAAGCAUGCGGAGGGAGAGGCAGACGCGCUCGGGGCCCGGCGGAGACGUCGGGAAGCGAUGCAGACCGGAGCGUCCGCAUUGCCCCCCCUCAUUGAUUUGUAUAUGAAAACAUAGUGCUUAUCCCCCCCCCCCCCCUCCCCUCCCCUCCCCCAUGCUCCCCCUUUCUGCUUCCCGUCGAGCGAUCAUCUGAUGAAGAGACUAGCAGCUCGCUGCUAUGCGGGCUUGCUAAUUCUCUCCCCCGCCGCCGCCGCCGUCGCUGCCGCCGCCGCGCUGGAUCCUGCAGACCGCGCUCAGCCGCAGCCGGAAACUGGCGUGAAGAUGGAGGAGGAUGGCGGCGGGCUGAAGAAGCGCAAACACGACGAAGGAUGCGACAAGGCGCCGCCCCUGCCGGCGGCGGUGACGGCGGCGGCGGAUGACACCGCCGGCGAAAAGGUCAAACGGAAACGAGGGCGACCGCCCGCCGAGAAACUGCCCCCGAAUCCGCCCGAGCUCACCCGGCAACUGAGCACCCUUGUGGACAUGGUGGUCAACUACAAGGACGCUUUGGGUCGACAGAUCAGCAAAGGAUUCGUGCAGCUGCCUUCCCGGAAGGAAGCCCCCGAGUACUACGAACUGAUCCGAAAGCCCGUGGACUUCCGUCGGAUCAGGGAGCGAGUGCGAAACCACAAGUACAGAAGUGUGGGUGACCUGGAGAAGGAUGUUUUCCUGCUGUGUCACAACGCUCAGACCUACAACCUGGAAGGAUCUCAGAUCUACGAGGACUCCAUCGUCAUCAAGUCCGUCUUCGAGAGCGCCCGUCUGCGAAUCGUCGCCCGCGAGGAGCCCCAGCGUACGCUCGCCGGCGACGACGCCCGCGCCGCCCGACGCACGGAAGGAGCGCCGGAUGACGGGGAGACUGGUCGGAAUCUCACGGCCAAGAGGAUGCCUUUCUACCGGGACCAGGAUGCCGAGGACGACGCCUCUAAGGAUGAAAGUUGAACUCUUGUGGGGAAGACUCGGAGUCCACUUGUUUCUUCGUCAUUAUUCUUAAAAGACACUGCCCCCCCCCCCCCACAAAAAAAAAAACAAAACCUCGGCUGCGGAAGACUGUUUGUCGUGGCAACGUGUCAAAAAGACAUGUUCGAAAAGACACAACAAGUCUGCCGUUGUGGUUCCAAGCGGCCAUUUUGGGGUCCACCUUGGGCAUCUCCGAGGGUCCUUCAAAGACAGACUAUGAGAGAUUUUCUUUGAUUGCUAUUAAACAU